GUGAAUUAAAAAUGGUAUUGUAGUAUCAUUUAUAAGCUGAAAGUUAUAUAUAUUGUUUCUUUCAAUAUAGGAGAAACUAUAGCCCCACAGUCCGAUGUAUAUUGACUCUGUUAAUGCCAAGCUUACUUACAUCUCGUUAAUUGUAGCAGUUACACUCCGGCAUUAAAUACUAAUUGGAUUUUUUCACCGGCCCUGCGGCUAACUGGUUAGCGGUUCCGAAACUUUGCGGCUCCUCCAAAACGACAUAGCGAUUACGCAAGAUCUGACUAUAAAUACCUCCUCCAUAUUCUUAUUGUGUAUUUUAAAUUUAUAUUGAUAAGAAGAAAUUUAGGCAUAUAGUAAUUAUUUGUUGAAUUUCUUCAAUUGAUACAUUUUUCUAUAUCAUUAAUUAAGUUUUUCCAUUAAUUAGAAUUAUAUUUUAGAGUACCCCACAAUUUUUGUUUUUUCAAUAUGGCUGUUGGUGAAGAAUUUAUUAAAUUUGCCUCAAGAAGAUCAACUGUAUAUUCAACUAAGGGAAUUGUUUCUUCAUCUCAAAGUCUUGCUAGUGCUGCUGGUCUUAGAAUCUUACAGAAAGGAGGAAAUUGUGUUGAUGCAGCAAUUGCUGUUUCAGCAGCUCUUGUCAUAACUGAACCUGCUUCAACAGGUAUUGGAGGUGAUUGUUUUGCUUUAUAUUAUAAAUUAGACGAUAAAAAUGAUCCAAAGAGUGGAAAAGUCUUGGGAUUAAAUGGUAGUGGAAGAGCUGCUAAGAAUGUCACUCCUCAAGAUGUAUGGAAUGAACAUAAUAAUGGUAAACCAAUGAAAAGAAUUCCUUAUACCUCUGUAUUUUCUGUAACUGUUCCAGGUGCAAUUGCGGGUUGGAAUGAUGCUUAUGAAAAAUGGGGUUCUGGUAAGGUUACCUUUUCUGAAAUUCUUGAACCUGCCAUAGAAUUGGCAGAAAAUGGUUUCCCAGUUGCUGAACUUGCAUCAAGAGCUUGGAGAGGUAGUGCUAAAAAACUUAAAGCUCAAAAUCCAGAUGCUAAAAACAAUGCCCUUUUAUUUGAUGGGGAAGGUCCUAAAGAAGGAGAAUUGGCUUUUAAUAAACCAAUUGCUGAAGCAUUAAAAUUAAUUGGUAAGGAAGGUAAGAAAGCCUAUUAUGAAGGACCAAUUGCUGAAGCCAUUAUUAAAACCACUAGUGCAAGAAAUCAUAAAUUAACUUUGGAUGAUUUAAAAAAUCAUACAUCUACAUUCGUGGAUCCUAUCAAUCUUAAUUUCCAAGGUUAUAAUGUUUGGGAAAUUCCUCCUAAUGGACAUGGUUUAGUUGCUCUUUUGGCUCUUGGGAUUGUUCAAGAGCUUGCCAAAUCCAAGAAAAUUGAUCUUAAGGAAUUGAAACAUAAUUCUGCAGAAUAUUUACAUAUAUUAAUUGAAGCAAAUAAACUUGCAUUCUAUGAUGCCGAUGAAUAUGUUACCGAUGAAGCCUUCAAGAAUAUUCCUAUUGAUAAAUUAUUAAGUCCAGAAUACUUGAGUACGAGAGCAGCUUUAUUUGAUCCUGAAAAAUCUCUUGAUGGAAAUACCUUGAGUCAUGGAAUUCCAGAUCCUAAAUUUAAAUCUGAUACAGUUUAUUUCACUGUUUCUGAUUCUAAUGGUGAAGCUUGUUCUUUUAUUAACUCUGUAUAUCAAGGAUUUGGAUCUGGUAUAUUAGUUGAAGAUUAUGGAUUUUGUCUUCAAAAUAGAGGUGCCAACUUCAAUUUAUCUCCUGGGGAAAAUAAUUGUUUAGAAGGAGGUAAAAGACCAUAUCAUACAAUUAUUCCUGGAAUGAUCACUAAUUCAGAUGAUUCUUUGUAUGCGGCAUUUGGGAAUAUGGGAGGUUUCGCUCAACCUGUAUGUCAUGUUCAACAUGUACUUAAUUUGACAUUAUUUGGAUUUACUCCACAACAACUGAUAGACUCACCUAGAUUUAUUCUUGAUUCCGAUGGUAAUCCAGAUACUGACAGAGGAAAGGGGGCUGAUGGCCCAGCUAGUACUCCUAUUACUAUUGUUAAAAUUGAAGAAGGUAUUUCUGAGGAAGUUAUUAACAAAUUGAAAGAAUUAGGCCAUACAACAGAACUUGUUACAGGAUACGCUAGAGGUACAUUUGGUCGUGCACAAAUUAUUAAGAAAGAAGUUAAGGAAGACAAUAAAUUCGUUUACGCUGGUGGUUCAGAUCUUAGAGGUGAUGGAGCUUCAGUCGCUUUCAUUUAA